AUGUGCGGCGGCGAGGGUGGUUGAAUAUAAAACCGUCUCUCUCCGUCGGUUGUAUUCCUCGGUUACAGCGUCCCUCAAAUGCUCAGAUAGUUUGGCGAGUUGACACAUAGUUGAAUAAAUAUCACUUGAACCGACACAGAAGCUGUGCAGCUCUUCAAACACAGAGUGCUUGUCAUUUACCAAGCGGUCUCCAUUACUCUACCAUGACUAGCUACCAUAAACCCGACGAGAAGACGCUGCAGGGCCUGAAAGACAUCGCUAACAAGCUGCGGAUCAACUCUGUCAAGGCGACAUGCGCCUCCAACUCCGGUCACCCCACCACAUGUUGCAGUGCAGCAGAGCUCAUGUCGGUGCUGUUCUUCCAUACGAUGCGUUACAAAGCCACGGACCCACGCAACCAGUGCAAUGACCGCUUCGUACUGUCUAAGGGUCAUGCUGCACCAAUCCUGUACGCUGCCUGGGCGGAGGCGGGCUUUGUGAAGGAGGCUGAGCUGGUCAACCUGAGGAAGCUCGACUCUGACCUGGAGGGUCACCCCACACCUAAACUGGAGUUUGUUGACGUGGCAACGGGGUCUCUGGGACAGGGUCUGGGGGCCGCCUGUGGGAUGGCUUACACCGGGAAACACUUCGACAAGUCCAGUUACCGUGUGUACUGUCUGCUGGGUGAUGGGGAGUGUUCGGAGGGGGCUGUCUGGGAAGCCAUGGCGUUUGGUUCCUACUACAACCUGGAUAACCUGGUGGCUAUUAUAGACGCUAACCGCCUGGGACAGAGUGAAGCUGCUCCUCUCAAACACGACAUGGACGUGUACCGCAAACGCUGCGAAGCAUUUGGGUGGAACACGUAUGUGGUGGAUGGUCAUGACGUUGAGGAGCUGUGUAAAGCUCUGUGGCAGGCCCAGCAGGUGAAGGGGAAACCCACUAUGAUCAUAGCCAAGACCUUCAAGGGCAGAGGACUCAAAGGCAUUGAAGAUAUGCUUAACUGGCACGGCAAGCCCAUGCCUAAGGACCGGGCCGAGGAGGCGAUUAAAGACCUGGAGGCUCAGAUUCAGAACCCCAACAAGACCAUCUCCCCCGAGCUACCCAACGAAGAUACCGCCCCCGCUGACCUUUCACCUAUCAGCCUGCCCUCCCCACCUAACUACAAGAUGGGGGAUAAGGUGGCUACUCGUAAGGCGUAUGGUGUGGCCCUGGCUAAACUGGGUCAGUCCAGUCAGAGAGUGGUGGCUCUGGACGCUGACAUGAAGAACUCGACCUUCUCUGAGAUGUUCCACAAGGCCUACCCUGAACGCUUCAUCGAGUGCUUCAUCGCUGAACAGAACAUGGUGAGCGUGGCGAUCGGCUGUGCCACGAGAGACCGUACCGUGGCGUUCGCCAGCACCUUCUCUGCCUUCCUGUCUAGGGCCUACGACCACAUCAGAAUGGCUGCUGUCUCCGAGUCCAACAUUAACUUGGCUGGGUCUCACUGCGGCGUCUCCAUCGGUGAGGAUGGCCCCUCCCAGAUGGCAUUGGAGGACAUCGCUAUGUUCCGCGCUAUCCCAACAUGCACUGUGUUCUACCCCAGCGAUGGUGUGUCUGCUGAGAGGUCUGUGGAGUUGGCUGCUAACACCAAGGGAAUCUGUUUCAUCCGAAUCACCAGACCAGAACUGAAGGUGAUCUACGACCCCGAGGAGAAGUUUGAGGUGGGCGUGGCCAAGGUGGUCCGUCAGUCCGACAGCGACAAGGUGACUGUGAUCGGAGCUGGAGUGACACUGCAUGAAGCCCUGACUGCUGCUGACCAACUGGCCAGCGAGGGAGUGAACAUCCGUGUGAUUGACCCGUUCACCAUCAAGCCCCUGGAUGCCGCCACCAUCGUGUCGAGCGCCCGCGCCACCGGAGGGAGAAUCAUCACCGUAGAGGACCACUACAGAGAGGGUGGUCUGGGGGAGGCGGUGCUGUCUGCGGUGGGGGAGGAGCCUGGUAUCAUGGUGACGCGCCUGGCGGUGAACCGCAUACCCCGGAGUGGAAAACCUCAGGAGCUCCUGGACCUGUACGGCAUCAGCGCCAAACACAUCGUCAGCGCCGUGCGCCAGACCUUCGCCAACUAAGACAAUCGUCUCUUCUCUCAUCAACUGUGUCCCAAAUAGCACCCUAUUUUUCUAUAUAGUGCACUACUUUUGACCAGAGCCCUAUGGGGCUAGUGCACUAGGUAGGGAAUAGGGUGCCAUUUGGGACUCCUCCCCCCCUCUCUCUGAAGCCUGUACACAUUGACCAACUUCACCUUCUCCAUCCCUCUCUCUGCAGUCUGAGGGAAAGAGGGCUUAAAGCUUUCAGCGUUCAGGGCUCGACCACCCGGUUUAUAAUCCCCCUUUUUGUAACUGAUGUUGAUUGAGCGUCAGUUUCCAGCUGAAGCAUCAAUACUGUGGGGUUACAUUCCAAAUGGCUCCCUAUAUAGUGCAGUCCUCUAUGGGCCCUGGUCACCAGUGGUACACUAUAUAUAGGGUGCCAUUUGGGACCACCCUAAGUAUAGAGCGAGGUUUGUUUUUGAGUUUGAGCCUGUCAUGUCCUCUGCGCGUCCAGGCGAUAUGGACGACGCUGAGCUAUCGGUCGGUUUGUUGAGUUUCAAAUGAAGCUAAAUGUAUAGCUUGUUUCCCCAUUUUGCCUCUUUUCAUUCCAGAUGCUUACAAUGUCAUCUAGGCUUUUAUUCUGUUCAUUCCAACCACAUUCCAUGUGUUCUAAUCAUUCCACAUCACCUGUUUGAUCAUUCCAUGUGUUCUAAUCAUUCCACAUCACCUGUUUGAUCAUUCCAUGUGUUCUAAUCGUUCCACAUCACCUGCUUGAUCAUUCCAUGUGUUCUAAUCAUUCCACAUCACCUGCUUGAUCAUUCCAUCACAUCAUGAACCUCUCCAUAACACUGUUAUUAGUCCAGCACGGCCCCAUCUUGAUUCCUCCUGGAGCUGGCAUGGUGUCUAACCUCUGCUUGUUGCUGGUCAAAUCCUUAAUUAUCAAUGAAACUCAUGCAGGGAAUUUACAUUCAAUGGACCAAAGUUGUAUGUAAUAAUUUAGUUUUAAAAAAAUGGCUUGUUGUAAACUUAUAAACUGCUAUAUAACCUCCUGUGUUCUUCUAGCCUGGUAGUUGUGAUGACCUGGAUCCGUGUUGCUUUCUGGUUCUCACCAUAGUAUCUCCUCACCAUCAGGUCUGAUGCUCCCAGGCUCUCUGUCUGUCAACUCAUGGUUGGUUUGCAUUGUCAUGGUUAUGCUGAAAUAAAAACUACAACUUCACCCAA